CCACCGGCUGGCACGCGCCACUCUGUCCCGGAGUAAACAAGGGAGAGCCUCUCCCGAGCACCCUAGUCGGAGUCCAAGUGGGCGGGACUCGCCCUGCGCCGCCUGCCCAUGCCUCUGCAGGGUCGGGUGUCCGGCCGCCUGGCACUGCUGCGCGCGGCGGGGCAGCUGCUGGUCGCCCCGCGCCCCCGGCCCAGCCCCUCGGCGGGUGCCACUCGGACCCGCGGCAGUGCGUGCGGUCCCCGGGCGUCCCUCAGCGCUUACAGCCCCCGCGCGUUGACCCCAGCGGGAGUUGGGGCGUGGGGGACGGCAGCGGUGGGGCGAAGAGCCGGGGUGCGCACCUGGGCCCCCCUGGCCAUGGCGGCGAAGGUGAACCUGAACACCUCCACCGAUUGGAAGGAGGCAAAAUCCUUUCUGAAGGGCCUGAGUGACAAGCAGAGGGAGGAGCACUACUUCUGCCAAGACUUCAUCAAGCUGAAGAAGAUCCCCACAUGGAAGGAGAUGGCAAAAGGGGUAGCUGUGAAGGUGGAUGAGCCCAAGUACAAGAAGGACAAGCAGCUGAACGAGAAGAUCUCCCUGCUCCGCAGUGACAUCACCAAGCUGGAGGUGGAUGCCAUCAUCAAUGCUGGUGAGUGGCUGGUUGGAGCCAGAGACUGGGAUGGCUGCCUUGUUGCCUUUGCUCUGCUCUGCCAUGCCAGGCAUGGGUGGGCGCCACCUGGCUCCAGAAGGAUUUGAGUACAGGGUGAGGAUGUCCUGCUGGCGCCACGGGAGCCCAGCUUGUCGGCUGCUCGGGCUCCUCUUCCCGUGAAGCCCUGACCUGCUGUGUCGGGGCGCCUGGCUCUGCUGAGCUGCCUCGAAGCUCUGAGGCCCAUUAGCAGCGGCGAAGCGGGAGAGUGCAGCUGGAACCAUGCCGGGUUGCCCUGCCAGGAAGGUGGAGGCCAGAGCCCCAUGCAUGGCCCAUCUUCGGGGGGCUGUGGCUUCUUUCCUUCCUCUGCCUUCUUCCUGCCCUGCCCCCCUGCAGACCUAGCAGGUGUGGGAGUAUGUGGAGUGAAGGGUGGACACAGAGCGGCCCCCUGCAGCCCCCUGGCAGCUCUCCAGCGCCUGGAAAUGGGAGCCACUCAGCUUCCUGUGUGCGUCCUCCUCUUGCUGGCUUGGCAGUUUCUUGUGAUGAGUAGUUGGAGGCAGCUGAUGCUCUGGAGGAGGGAGGAAGGUGGCCGCUCCUCCACCCAGGUGCUGAUUGUCUGGCUGAGAUCAAAAGGCUCUGGAAAGGACUCCGGAGCGCUCCGGGUGGCAUCCCAGCCGGUCAAGCCCAGCAGGUGUGGUAUACAAGUGCCUUCUGUAACGAGGUUGCGUGGUUGCUGAAUCCAAGCCCUUCUCGGUCACUCACCAGGCAUCCACAGCAAGCAUCUGGGAAAGCAGUGCCCCUUUCUUUGACCCUGUGGACAUCGGGAAGAUCCUCUUGUCUCGAGCUCCAACUAAAAGGGAAAAUCCCACCACACCCUGGGCACCAUCAGAAAUUUCUGGAAUCUUCUUGCCUCACCUUUGGGCUUGCAGCUAUGUCUGACCUUACUGCUGACAAGAGAGCACGGGGAGUCAGUGGCUUGGGGACAUAGUGGUGCCAAUGCUGUCAGUGCUCUCUUGUUCUCCCGAAGUGAGUGGGCUCGCAGGACCUGGGCACGCCCCAUGCCUGCUUGUUUGUGGUCUGGCAGUGGCCUUGCUCUGCGUGUCUCAUGUCUUCCUGCCGGUGUUCGCUGAACUCUAUAGUCACACUGGUGUUUUCGUAACUGCAUAGGAUUGUGCCCUUUCCUCCACCUUGUCUGUCCCAGGAACACAAGUGAAAGGCCACAUGGCGAGGGUAGGGGAACACAGAGAACUCAGUCAUCUUUGGCUUUCUGCUGGUGGUUCUGCCGUGUCACCUUGGACCACUGGCACUGGUGGGUGGCGGUGAGGUCACAUCUGGAUUGCUAGACACCAUGGCGGCCCAGGAGGGUAGGGUGUUUUUUUGUCUGUGCCAGGAGGGCUGACUGAGGGGCAGUCACAAAGGCCCACGAGGCUGCCAUGCCUCGUGCCUGGCCGUCUCUGGCCAGGGUACAGGGGGCACCCAGUUGCUACUUUUCCUGCAGAGCUGCAAAGUGGCUAGAGGAAACAGCUCUGUCUCUCUAGCGUCUGGGCAGCCUGAUGGUGCUUGCCGCAAUGUGGCCCACGGUGGGACACAGGGUCCAAGGUGGACAGCACAUGGUGGGGUGGGGCUCUGGAGACCUUGGUAGGAUUCCUGGCUCUUCCUAAGUGCCCUGUGACCAGCCAGCCAUGCAGUGGUCCCGUCAGCUCCUAGCUGGAAGCACUUUGAUGCUGGCUGAGUAGGCUACAUGGGCUGGGCGGCCACACUUGCUUCUCUCUGUACCUGCCUGGCCUGUUUCCUCUGCACAGCCGGGAUGGUGGGACGACACCCACUGGGCUGUUGGGGGUACACUCACCACCUGCCACAGGAGCUGAGGUGCUAGAACUGAUGCUCUCAGCCCUGUCCCAGCCGUGCCACGGACUCGGCACGCCCGCAGAUGAUCAGCUUUCACUCUUCCUGCUCUCUUCAGUUUACUCAACACCUCUUGCUGUGUUUUCCUGAGGUCUCCUUUUUCUAGAAAGAGUUUCAGCCAGAAGGACCCAGAACCUUCCUGGAAAUGGCCAAAGCGGGCCUUAGCCACGGGGUUGCCACACAGAGCCUGAGUCCCAGGUGUUCAGGACAGACUUGGCCCUGCUCAGACCUUGGAAUCCUCAGUGGCCAUGACUGCUGCCCUUCCCCAGGGAUCCCUGUCGUGUGGCUCCACCCCUGCCCCGCCGCCCACCAGGGGGCAGCAGAGAUCCAGGUUCCCGCGGAGCAGUAAAUCAGCCUGUUUAUUAGCGGAAUAAAAGUCUUGGGCAACACGGGGCUUUUCAGGGCUGCAUAAAUCUGCGUCUGUGCCUCGUGAAACCCAUAUGUGCUUAAUUCAUAUGUAAAGUUUCAAGCAGGAAGAGAAUACGUGUCCAUUAAAUUCUAUUUGACUUGAUUAUAAUCAUUAGCCGUGAAUAAUUGCUUCCCAGCGAAGACCACAGAGCCACCACAAUAGGCAAGAGGAGAGAGCAAUUAUCUUGGGGUGGGAAUUUUUAAAUUUUUAUUUUUGAAGGCAGGGGCAGGGCUGGCCCGGCAGGUAUGUGGUGGCCCAUGGAGAGCAGUUUGAGCCGGAAGGGGCUGGGGGCUUGAGGUCAGGCCAGAGUUUCGGGAUUUCCUGAGUGGGGGGGGGUCUCUUUUUGUCCCUGCUGCCAGAUGGGGAGGGGUGUUUCCAUCUGCGCCUUGGUCCAGCUGCAGCGACGUGGAUGGGGAGGGAUGGGGGGAGCUUGGGAGAGCCUGUGAGAGAAAGGGGGGUGUGGCCACUCAGACCCCUCAUCCUGAGAAGCUGUGUGUGUAGGGGUCUCCAGCCAGGUGGUGGGCAGCUCCUUGACCAGAGGAUUCUUAGAGAGAGCAGGGGUCAGGUCCCUCCCUGCCUCCCACCUCACUCCUUCCCCUGCUCACAGACAUCUCUGCUCAUGGCCUUUGAAAAGGCCUGGCAUUUGAAGUCUAGGACUGGUUUUUACCCCCACCUUACUGGCAUUUGUGAUGUGAUCGGGGUGUGUGAUGGUGGGUGGCUGUGUGAAGGGGUGGGUGUGUGUGGCAUGGUGUGUGCUAUACAGUAUGUGGGCAUAGUGAAAGGACUGGGACACAGGACAGAAGGGGAAAGCCUGCCUGGUGAGUAGCAGGACUUGAGGUCACAGGGACAGGACAAACCCAUGAAGCGCCCCCCCCCACCAACACUGCCCCAUGGGCUGGUGGCCAAGGCCACUUGCUGGGCAGUGCCCCGGAGAGUCUCAGGCUCCUGCCAUCUGUGCCAGCCAUGGUUCCUGCCCACAAGGGCACACGGCAUCCAUCUCAAUUAGAUUGGGCUGCCACGCUGGCGAGAUAAGCCAGGAGCUCCCGCGGCCUCCGCUCUGGAAUGAGAGAUUCUGGGGGCAGUGCCUGUCCCUCCAGCUUGGCCUCUGACUCCCAGGGCUGUGUCUGGGGAGAAUUCAGGUCUUAGGGUCUCCACCCAGGGGUUUCUGUGACAUCCAGAGUGUUCAUAUCUUUUCUCUGCUGCAGGGGCGUGACCUUGACUGGGCCAUCCUCUUGCCUUGAGAGUCUUGCUGAGCCGGCCUGAGCCUGUGGACCCUUGUUCUGACAGCUGACUCCCAGGCAGGAAAUGUCUGGGCACAAAGAAAGACCCCUAUUUUCAGCUGAGUGCCAUUGGCCCACGCCUGUAAUCCUAGCUACUUGGGAGGCAGAGACAGGAGGAUUGCGAUUUGAAGCCAGCCCAGGCAAAUUGUUCAUGAGACCAUAUCUUACAA